ACGUCAGCGCAACGCUCCGCCGGCGCCAAUUUCAAACAGCGGAACAAACUGAAAGCUCCCUGUGCCUGAGCCCGUCCAGCCCCGGCCCCGGCCCGGGACCCCCCCUCCCUUCCCGGGAUCCCCCGGGGUUCCCACCCCGCCCGCUCCGCCGGGACCCCGGCCGGCCCGGCGCGAGUCCCUGGUCCGGGGAGGGCCUUGGCCCGGCCCUGGCUUGAAGGAGCCACACAGCCCUGCGACAGCGGCGGCCGCGGCGGUGCAGCAGUCCGCAGGGCCCACACUUGGUGAUUCUCGAUGGAGAGUGAAAGCCUGGAUUCAUCAUGAAAACCAGCCCCUGUCGGCCACUGAUUCUCAAAAGACGGCGGCCGCCACUGUCUGUCCAGAAUGCCCCCAGAGAAACUUCAGAGGAGGAACCGAAGGGACCCCCUGCUCAACAGGCGGCUGGCCCAGCCCAAGCCUCCCAGGAUGUGGCAGAGUCCAGCUCUGGCAAAUUCCCUGCUGGGAUCAAGAUUAUCAACCACCCCACCAUGGCCAACACUCAGGUGGUGGCCAUCCCCAACAACGCGGACAUCCAGAGCAUCAUCGCGGCACUGACCGCCAAAGGCAAAGAGAGUGGGAGCAGCGGGCCCAACAAAUUCAUCCUCAUCAGCUGUGGGAGCACCCCGGCUCACCCUCCAGGCUCACAGCCUCAAGCCCAAUCCAGCCAGGAUUCCAAGAGGACCCAAGUGAUUCCCGAGACCCUGGGGCCAAAGCCUGCAGCCAGGGAUGUGGCUCUGCCUCGGCCGCUGGGAGCCCUGCUCGGGCAGCGGCCCGACAGCUGUGCUGGUGGAGAGGCGGCAGGCUGCACUCUCAACAACAGCUUAACCAAUAUCCAGUGGCUUGGAAAGAUGAGCUCCGAUGGCCUUGGCUCCUGCAGCGUCAAGCAGGAGGUGGAGGAGAAGGAGAACUGCCACCUGAAGCAGAACCAGGUCAAGGUUGAGGAACCCUCUGGAGCGUCAACAUCCUGGCAGGACUCUAUGUCUGAACGGCCACCCUACUCUUACAUGGCCAUGAUCCAGUUCGCCAUCAACAGCACCGAGAGGAAGCGCAUGACCUUGAAAGACAUCUACACUUGGAUUGAGGACCACUUCCCCUAUUUUAAGCACAUUGCCAAGCCAGGCUGGAAGAACUCCAUCCGCCACAACCUCUCCCUCCACGACAUGUUCGUUCGGGAGACGUCUGCCAAUGGCAGGGUCUCCUUUUGGACCAUUCACCCCAGUGCCAAUCGCUACCUGACGUUGGACCAGGUGUUCAAGCAGCCACUGGACCCAGGGUCUCCACAAUCGCCCGAGCACUUGGAAUCACAGCAGCAGAAACGGCCCAAUCCUGAGCUCCGCCGGAACGUGACCAUGAAAUCUGAACUCCCACUGGGCACACGGCGGAAGAUGAAACCCCUGCUCCCACGUGUUAGCUCCUACCUGGUGCCCAUCCAGUUCCCAGUGAACCAGUCGCUGGUGCUACAGCCCUCCGUGAAGGUGCCACUGCCUCUGGCAGCUUCGCUCAUGAGCUCGGAGCUUGCCCGCCAUAGCAAGCGGGUGCGCAUCGCCCCCAAGGUGCUGCUAACUGAGGAGGAAGUGGCCCCUCUGGCCGUGGCAGGCACCGUGAAAGAGGAGCUGCUCGGGGAAGGGUCAUCUCCUUUGCUCCCAGUACAGUCCAUCAAGGAGGAGGAGAUCCAACCUGGGGAGGACACACUUCACUUGGCAAGACCCAUCAAAGUGGAGAGCCCACCCUUGGAAGAAUGGCCCUCCUCGUCGCCAUCUGUCAAAGAGGAAUCGACUCACUCUUGGGAGGACUCGCCUUACUCUCCCACACCGAGGCCCAAGAAGGAAUACAGCGAGCUGCAGUCCCCAGCACGGAGUGUCUCUGAAAUGCUGGUCAUCAAACGCAGGGAGCGCAGGCAGAUGAGCCGGUCCCGCCGGAAACAGCACCUGCUGCCUCCCUCCACCACUGCUGCCACCAGCGUGGCUGAGUCUGAGCUGCUCUCCGAGGGCCCCAGCCCCUGGCGGCGAGUCGCUGCCACGGAGCUCCCUUUCUUGGCCGAGCCCUCGGAGCCCUCUGCCCAGCUCGGCUCCUUUCAGGAAGAGGCAGGACCUUUCAAGACCCCUGUCAAGGAGGCACUGCCCAUCUCCUCCACACCAAGCAAAUCUGUCCUCCCCAGAACCCCUGAGUCCUGGAGGCUCACCCCGCCAGCUAGAGUGGGGGAACUGGAUUUCAGCCCCGUCCGAACCCCGCAGGGUGCCUUCUGUCCCCUGCCGGACUCCCUGGGGCUGAUGGAACUCAACACCACCCCGCUGAAAAGCGUUCCCCUCUUUGACUCACCGCGAGAGCUCCUCAACUCAGAGCCCUUUGACCUCACCACUGACCCAUUCAGCCACUCUACCCACUCAGAACUGGAAGUCCCUAAGCCUGGCUCCCCUGAGCCACAGGUCACCAACCUUUCGGCCAAUCGAUCUCUUACAGAAGGCCUGGUCCUGGACACAAUGAAUGACAGCCUCAGCAAGAUCCUGCUGGACAUCAGCUUUCCAGGCCUGGAGGAGGACCCACUGGGCCCUGACAACAUCAACUGGUCCCAGUUCCUUCCUGAGCUGCGGUAGAGAGCUGGCUGUGCCCUUGCCCCUCAAGCUGCCUGCCAUGCUAGGCACCAGCAUGGGCAGGAAACCCAGAGCUCAGUGUCAUCUCCCACAAAUCCCUCCACAAGGCCUCUGAGCAAGCCAGCAGAUGAGGAGCAUGGCAGUAGUCACACCUUAGCCACUGCUGGGACCUUAGCAAGCAGUCGAGCCAUAGGAACUGGUCCCUGUGUCAUUUGUGUCCCCCAAGAGCAU